GAGUGUAUGAAAUGAAAAUGAACAUAAACGUGAAGUGACAAGUGACAAGUGACGUGAAUAUGUGCAGGACGUAGAUGUGACAAAGUUUGUGACGAGCGAGGAAAAAAAAAUAACAAUAUGUCACGAUUAUGUCUGUUUGUGAUAGUGACACUUUUGGACUAUGCUUUAGGUCAUGUUGCCCUAACAUACCCGCCAGCGAGAAGAUUGGAUCUAGACUUUCUAGAUAAUUCUAGAACGAAACCACCUUGUGGUAUGCCCAAGGGAUCAUUAAAAACAUCUUUUUUAGCAGGUUCAACUUUUACAGUUCAUUGGCAUUUGGCAUAUGCUCAUAAAGGAGGGUUCAGUUUGAGAAUACUGGAUGACUUGGAAAGACCCGUAUUAGAUCUCACACCGAGGGCCGGAGGAACAGAGUUUGUGAGAGAUGACGUCACCGCCCAGAAGUACGAAGUGCGUCUCCCUAGUGACUUCACGUGUGAAAACUGCACACUUCAGCUGCAGAGAGAGGCCGGCGAGUGGGGGCCCACAUAUCGCUUCUGGUCGUGCGCUGAUAUUGAUAUAGUCGAUCGCAAGAAAUUCCACGAGACAUGUUCGGGUCACGGUUUCCACAUCCUCGGUCGCUGCAAGUGUCACAAAGCGCACUAUGGCCCCCGAUGCCAGUUCGCGGAUGAAUGUUCGGAGGAUGGCGAGUGCGGGUUGCGAGGGAAGUGUUUAGAUAUUGCCUCAGUUGAGCCUCCCAGCAAACUGUGUUACUGCCCACAUGGCUUCUACGGCAAGGGAUGUAACAAGAAGUCACCAUGGAAAGACAAGGCUAUCGACUUAGCACUUUAUACUAAAAAGGAACUGUCCAAGCAGUUUGCUCUUUACUGGCGAAUACUCAAGGAUUCCAAGGAGAUUGAAUUCGUAAUGAUUGUCAAUGGCACUUCAUAUGCAGGCAUUGGAUGGAGACCGCGUGGUUUGACCAAGCAAUGCAAGAACUUCCCAGUUUUAGGACCACCUCCAGACCAAACUACAAGCACACAAAAACCGGAACCGUUACCUGAACCUGAACCGAAGUCCGAACCUGGACAGAGCGUCGAGCCUAAGUCGGAACCGGAACCCAGUCCGGAACCUAAAUCCGAACCGGAACCCAGUUCGGAACUAAAGUCCGAACCCGAACCAAGUGCGGAACCGAAGUCGGAACCCGAACCAAGCGCGGAACCAAAGUCCGAACCCGAACCAAGUGCGGAACCAAAGUCCGAACCCGAGCCAAGUGCUGAACCUAAACCAGAACCGACAUCUGAACCGAAAGCAGAACCAAACAACAAACCGGAACCGGAACCGACUGUUGAGAAUGAUAACAGAAAUAAACGGGUCGCCAUGCUUUUCUUAGAUGGAAUGGAUAUAAAGAACUUGGGUGAAAAUGUCACUGUCACAACUAGUGUGUCAUACCAAGUCUCCAGCUCAAAGGGAAGAAAACCGAGAGCUGCUCAAGAUGUAACCAAUACCGAACCGACAAAAAGACAAAACGAUUCCAAUCCCGUACCCAUUUCGACUCCGGUACCGGAACCAGCCCCCGAGCCGGAUUCCGUACCGGAACCAACAUUAGAACCCAAGUUAGAACCGCAAUCUACUCCUAAACCCAGACCCAAAUCUAAAUUCGUACCGAAAUCUAAACAAUUAGCGCAAAUUAAUGUUAAAACCGAAUCGGCAAAACCUCAAUCACAACUUGAACCUACACCCGAACCUAAAUCGAAAUCGCAACCAACUCCUGAACCUAAAUCCGAACCGGAACCGACACCCGAACCGAAAUCGGAACCGAAAUCGGAACCAGAACCGACACCCGAACCAAAAUCCGUACCAGAACCUUCUCCCGAGCCUAAAUCGGAACCACAACCAUUGCCGGGGUCCGCGUCGCAUAAUCAAACAAAAAAUAAUCGUGAACCCAAAGAUGGUCCUAAAUCAACACCUGAACCUAUCCCUGAACCCAAAUCCGAACCCGAACCUACUCCUGAGCCUAAAUCAGAACCAGAACCUACGCCCGAACCGAAAUCCGAGCCAGAACCGACUUCAGAACCUAAUUCAGAACCCAAUUCAGAACCCAAAUCGGAACCAGAGCCCUCAUCGGAACCUAAGUCCGAACCAGAGCCGUCCUCGGAACCUAAACCUGAGCCUAAGCUCUCUUCCGAACCCGCAUCCGAACCUGAACCCACUCCUGAACCGAGUUCCGAACCGGAACCUACUCCGGAACCGAGUUUGGAACCGGAACCAAACCCGGAACCGGAACCAGGAUCGGAGGAGGACAUGGAAAACUUACUAGUUAAAGGACUCUCGGAUGAAUCAGGAUAUUUCCCAGAUCACGAAUACGCUCCCAAGUUCGACUUCAACGGCAUGGACUGCACUGAUCUCGUCAUUGGUACCGCUAGAGGGAGCUACCAUAGAGUAUUAGAUUAUUAUACAAGGGAUAGGUCGACUCCACGAGUGGACACUUUCUGGGGCGGACACGAUGACGUCACAGCAGCGUCCGGCUUCGAGGAGAAUGGCGUCACUACAAUCAUGUUCAGGAGAAAAAUAAAGGCGAAGGAGCCGACAGACCACUCUAUAGUAGACGAUGAGAUGCAUGUAAUUUGGGCGCACGGACAAGAGAACUCUCAGCUCGGAGACUUCUACCGUCCUGACGAGCUCAAGUACCACGGACACGGACAGCGCGGGGUCACCAACAUUAACUUCUUCGAGGAGACAAAGUCAUCAUCAAUGGGCGGUCUUCUCCCUCUAGAAGAUAAAUGUGGUGGUCAAUGGAAGUUGCCGGCGGAUUGCGACCCAAAGAACAAGACGUGUGAAUAUCACGCCACGUGGGAAUAUCUGGGACUCAAACGAGGGAAGGAUUCUAUUAAGUUUACCAUCACCACCAAGUAUAGCAAACUGUGGACUGGCAUUGGAUUUAGUAAUAAUCAAAAAAUGUCUCAGACGGACGCGGUGCUGGGUUGGGUAGACCCGCGCUCGGGCAGACCCUUCGUGUCAGACGCGUGGCUCAGCGGGUACUCCAUGCCGCGGCUGGACUCGCGCCAGGAUGUGGGGCACUCCUCCGCACAGCUGCAGGACGGCUUCACCACCAUCUCAUUUGUGAGAAAACGCGACACCGGAGACACUCAGGAUCUGGCGUUCACGGACUCUCAGUGUCUGUACCUGAUGUUCCCUACACAAGGAGGCGGGUUUGACCCCGUCAACAAGCGCAUGAGCAAGCACCAGCGAGUGCCGCACGUCACUGACGAGCGCGUCUGUAUACGACCUUGUGGACCUGAGCCAGUGGAGGAAGAGAUGACAACGGAGGCUGCGGUGCCGGGAGAAGUGGCCUACACCAUGUUGGUGCGUGUGAAAGGUCUGGCGGAGAGUUUCCGACCUCCGGCUGCCGGCAGUCAGGAGUACGAGGACCUCUCCCGACAGCUGCUUGACGUGCUCGGCAGAGAACUCGCCAACAACAAGGGAUACAAGGCGCUUCUUCUUAAUGGAUUCAUGCAAAACGAAACGUCAGCAAUAAUAGCAGAUUUAACUCUGCGAACGAUCGACCCCGACUGGGUGGAGUCGAGUCGUGCUCUGGAUAGCGCCGUCUCUGUCUCCAGCAACACGAGCGACAAGGAGAGCGAUAUGGAGAAGUGGCAGCGCGUGGUUCAGGACACCUUACUGCAGGGCAGGAUUGGAAACCUCAACUUCGAUCCCUUGUUCUUGUCCUUUGAACCUCUCAGUUUGGUGUCAUCUCGGCCUGUGCCGGAGGAGGAGGUGCGGGGGGCGUGGUGGGGGUCGGGUGUGUCGGGGGGUGCGGGGAGGCUGUACGUGGUGGCGGGGUGUGUGGCCGCGCUGCUGCUGCUGGCGCUGCUGCAGGCCGCCUGCACACUCGCCGCCACCAAUCACAAGCGGAACAAGGACCAGUUGAUACCGAACAACGCUUGGAAAGAUUACUCCGCCGCUAACACUAACUACGCCUUCGAACCUUUCGAGAAUGAUAAAUUUAACAACAGCACCUCCACUGUCAAGACACGGGGGGCGCCCCCCAGACCCACCAGCCCCCCACCCCCCAGACCUAACAGUGCACAUCGACAGACUAACGGACACGGUCAAAACGGUCACGGUCAGAAUGGACACAGUCAAAACGGACACGGUCAAAACGGACUCAGUCAAAACGGACACGGACAAAACGGACAUGGACAAACCAAUGGUCACGGCAGUGCUCAGAUUAACAUUCACAGGAGGGAAGGCGCGAGGUCUCCUGUGGGCAAUGGCAGGAACCUCAGCGCGCAGUUUUAUCACGACACAAGGUCACUGCAACGACCUCGCGGACAGUAUGGUUCAUACGGUGGUCGGGAGAGAGAGAGAUCUGCGUACUCUCUGCCGCGAGGUCCGCGAACACCGCGCACAGACCCCGCGGGGGCACAGCCGGGCCCACAGCCAGACUUCUACUUCAUGCCCUCGCAGCGCAAACACGAAGGUGAGAUCAUACGAGUCUAUGUACCUAGACAUGACUAAAUAUUUAUAGUCUAUAGUCCGGUGAACUUAUCCGGCUCGGUGAGAGGCGCUGCCCUCGCUGUCAGUUCUGGUAAAAAAUGUGUAAAAUCACACAUUACACGACAUGACAAUUAGGUAAAGUACAACAUCUUUGUC